AUGGCCUCACCAGAUCUCUCCAACUCCGCCAUCUCCCCAAUCAAAGCCCUCCUAACCAACUUCCUCGCCACUAGCACCACCUCCUCCCCAGACAUCGGAAUCCAAAGCACCACCGCGGCUGGAACGCCCCUACUCUCCUUCUCUGCCCUCGUCGAGCGCGGCCUCCUUUCCCUCGACUCUCCCACCCUCAUCUCAACCCACCUCCCCGAACUCGCGGAGAAGAAAGUAUUCGUCGGGUUCUCCGACACUGAGCCCGGAACCCCGAUCUUCGCCGACCGCGAGGGCCCACUCACCCUCCGCCACCAGCUCACACAUACCUAUGGCGGCGCACACUCCUUCUUCGACGCCAAACUCCUCGAAUAUCAGAAGAGGGUAAGCAAGGGGAACUGGCCCACCGAUUUCUGGAACUCGAUGAGGGAUAGCCCGCUCUGCUACCAGCCGGGGAAGAGGUUUGCGUACGGCGCGGGGAUGGACUGGGUUGCUGUGUUGAUUGAGCGUGCUACGGGGCAGACUAUGAGCGCGUACCUUCAAGAGAAUGUAUUUGAGAAGCUGGGGAUGGCGGAUACGAGUUACAUUCGUGAAGUCCCUGAAGCGCGCAAAGAGCGUGUCUGCGUCGCGAGCUUCGGGGCGUUUGCGCACGUUUUUCGGGAGUGGGAUAGGCCGAUGGAGAAUGCUACUAUGAGCGCGUACCUUCAAGAGAAUGUAUUUGAGAAGCUGGGGAUGGCGUAUACGAGUUACAUUCGUGACGUGCGUAAAGCGCCCAGAGAGCGUAUCUGCGUAGGGAGCUUCGGGGCGUUUGCGCCCGUUUGUCCGGAGUGA